AUAGUUUAUGUAAAUUCGUGUAUUUUUUCAUUGAAUGUUCGAAACAAUAAAUUGUCUACAUCUGUACUUAUGUACCGACAUAUUCUGUAAAACUCGGCUUGACAUACAAAUAUGGGAGAUACCAGUUAAUUUGAUCGAGAGCUGAUCAAGGAGUAAGCAGUCAAUAUGAAUGAAAAUUCAACUUGUGGGGAAUUGACACAAUUGGUGCAGGAAGAAGAAAAUGAGGAACCUUUGAUCAGAGGUGGUGAAGCAACACCACCAUCUACACCAGCUAGGCCUCAUAGAAAACCUAAAGAAGAAAGAGAUCACAAUUCCCAUCCACUGCAGCAACUUGUAUGGGAAAAUAAAGAUAACAGUAUUCAAGCAUCAUCAAUAAUUAGCAAAGGAUCUUCCAGUCAAGCAACAACUAGUCAAGGGUCUAUGUCAGGAAGAGUAGCAACUAAUUCUUCUUAUACGGGUAAUCAAUCGCGUUUAAUGUAUCUCAAUGAAAAAGAAAAGGUAAAGCCACCAAGACCAGAGCCUCCACGAGUUAACAAACAGCCCAAAGUAAACACAGCACCUUGCAAGCAUCAUUCAUUUUUAACAGAGGUACCCGAUGUUAGACAUAUGGAGAAAGCACUCCUGCAAUUGCUCGAAGACUUUCAUAGUGGCAACUUACAAGCAUUUGGUAAAGAUUGUAGUAUGGAACAAAUGACUGAAAUAAGAGAGCAGCAAGAGAAACUUGCCAAACUUCAUUUUGAAAUGGGCCAACGUCAAGAUCAUGGAACUAACCAAUCCGGAUUUAGACAAUCAAAUGCAAAUAUGCGCAAUUUACUUCAACGACUUGAACAAUUAAGUGUCUGCAUUGAAAAAUUACACAGCAAAUAAUUAAAUUUCAUGAUGAGAUUUAAGUUCAGUUUGUAAUAUACUUCUCUAUUAAACUUAUUUUGGUAUAUGUAUAUAAUUAAGACCUGACAUUGAAACUGACUUUUUAUAAUGUUGUAGUGUUUAUAAUAGUUUAUAUCACAAUUAUAUUCUACUGUUUUAUUGUCGAUUCUUUCUGAUACUAAAUUCAAAAAAUUGAAAUAAUGUAAAGAUUGAUAUGACUUAUAAUUACUCAAUAUUAUGUUAAUAUAGGAAUA